AUGAGCCCGCCCCAAAAGGUUAUCAUUAUAGGGGCCGGCCCCGCUGGGAUUCUGGCUGCGCUACGCCUACGUGAGCACAACCACAUCUCCCCUACGAUCUACGAAAUCCGCUCGGAGCCCAGUACCCUUGGAGGUGCAAUUGGCAUUCCAUCAAAUGGGCUGAGGUUGUUGCAUCGCCUGGGUCUCUGGGAUGCCCUGCAAGGUCGAGGGGCCGAGACUUCUACUCUAUGCUUGCAUGGAAUCAAGGGGCAAAUCCUCGGCCAGAUGGACAUGACUUCAUGGAGUCGACAGAUGACCGGAUUUGGCUAUUUACGGAUCCGCAGGACGGAUCUGAUGGACGUCCUGUACGAGGCGGCUCGUAGAGCGGACAUCCCCAUCCACUUCGGCAAGCACCUGACGCACAUUGUGGAAAAUGAUCACAACAUUACCGUUGCCUUUUCUGAUGGCUCCAGUGACCACGCAGACCUUCUCCUAGGGUGUGAUGGCAUUCAUUCGACAGUGCGCAGCAUCUACGUGGACGCCGGUAUGGCGCCUGAAUACUCGGGCAUAUCGAAUGCAUAUUCCCUGGUUCCCACUUCUAAUUUACCCAUCGCUGCUGGGCCAGUUAGUGGGCUGAACAUGACUCUCACCACGGAUGGGCUCCUGGCCGUAUCACCUUGCACCCCAGGCGGUGAGUUGAUCUACUGGUUCUUUUCACGCGAGCUCGCCAUGCCAGCUAGUGGUGACACACGCGACGGUUGGGAGGAACGCGGGAAAGAGCAAGUGGAAACCAUCAAAUCCACGGUGUUUGAUUUGAUUAAAGAGACAGAAGGAUCAUGGGGCAACACCAUGAAGGAAAUGAUCAAGCAUACUGAGACGCUCCGGUUCUAUCCAGUCUACCGCCUCCCCACGGGUGGCAAAUGGUGGAGAGGGAGGUGUCUAAUUAUUGGAGAUGCAGCGCACGCAAUGCCACCACAUGCCAGCCAGGGUGUUUCCAUGGCGCUGGAAGAUAUAUUCAUGUUAUCGAAUCUCCUUGUUGCUUGUCCAGAUUCCUUGGAUGAGGUCUUCAGAUUGUAUGAGCAGAAGCGCCGGCCUCGUGUGAACGAGAUGCUCAGGGUGGCGGAACGUAAUGGCGGCGUCCGGAAGAAGACUGGUCCCUGGCAGCUGUGGCUCAAGGAACUUGCAACUUCCGGGACUUUGCUGGUGUACAGCUUCUUUGGCCUUGGCAGGUUUGGACUAGGCCAGAAGCCGUUGGUCUACGAUGUCGAGGAAGAUAUGUGCUAG